AUGUCUGAGUCUACGCAGUCGGAUCCUCAGUGCGGGUGUACGGAAACUUCAUCAUCAUCGUCCCCUCUUCUUUCCCCUAAUUGCGUGUGCCCUCGCGAUGAGCACGAAAUCGUGAUCCACGAGGAUACCUGUCUGCUGUUCAAGAACGAGCGGAUCAUAUUCCCCCAUACACCUCCGUUUGAGGACGGCACCUGCAAAUGUUGCGCCUGUCCUAUUGACCAAUGUCGCUGCAGGAAAGCCGGCAGAGAAGCUUUUGAUGAAUGGCGUAGUAAACGUGACAUCGGCGCUAUGCCCGCCGUGCUGGAGUCCACGCACCCGCUGAUGCAGCGCUUCCAGCAGACGCUCAAGCAGUUCCUCGAGAAGGAGAACGCUAUAGCAGAGGAGCAGAUUCUCAAUUUGGUUUUGAUAACAGAAUACGAAUCUAAUUUAGCGCAAAGGACUGCUGAGCGUCAGGCCGCGGAAGAACGCGCGCGCGAAUACAACGAGAGAUACAAACGCUCUAAGGACAAGUUGGAACAGGACUUAAUGACAGAGCGUGAGGCGACCGAAGAGCUGGAAGCGCUAACAGCACUGUGCAGACAGCUGGAGUCGUGGCGCACGGAAACAGAGUCUGACCUCACGGUUAGCCAGCGCAUGUCCGACAAGAUGCGCGCUGAGAAACGCGCUCUGGCCGACGAGAAACGACAACUGGACAUGAUAAUUUUAAGCUUGAGCAACGAAAUUUGGGGGAUGGAGUCGAAAUUGGAAAUGUUCCAAAAACAAUUCGAAAUAAAAAACGUUGAGAUGGAUAAAGUGAAUGAUAAGGUAACGGCAUACGCGGCUGAGCUGGAAGACUUGGAACUGGACAAAAGACGGCUAGUGAGCCUCUGGAACUCGGUGCUUGUGAAUAUACAGCAACGCGACAAGGUUUACGACUCCGUACGAGAUGACUACAAAAAUCUUCAAGAGAACUACCGUACUCUGCUAAGCAACUUGGAGAUCACGAAGAAGGUUCUGAUGGAGGAAAUGAACCGCAGCAAGGAGCUCGCCAUGAACAGGGACAAGGUCGCUUAUGAUAUUGACCACGCCACCAAGUUGUUUGACACUGAAGAUGCGAAAAGAUUAAAUUUGGAAGCACAAAUCGCUGAACUUUCGGAGUCCAUCGAGAUGACUGAGAGGGAUCAAGAUAUGAUUAAAUCAGAGAAUCAGACAAUGCUGAAUAUAUUGAAAAGCACGUCGAAUGAAGUCGAUCGUAAAACGGAGCAAAAAUUGAGAUUGGAAAACGAAAUCCUCAUGAAUCUUCAGGAGUGCUUGCUUAACGACAAGGCCGUCGAGUCCAUGGCCAAUGGCAUCAAAAAAAUGCGAGAAAUGUCCAGGAAACAGGUUCAAGAAAUAACUUUAAUGACAAUGGAGAAUCAGCACGCGCAAGUGAUGCUAGAUAUCGAGGUAUACCGUAACCGACAAGCACGCAACAAUAAGAUCCUAGAGGAAAGCCUAGCGAAAGUCCGCGAUAGAGAGAAGGAACUCGAUCUACUGGAAGAGAAGUUCGAGCAGAAGGCACUCCUCGGCACCAGAAAACAGCGAGAACUCGAUAUAGUCAUUAAAAAGUUUAACGCUUUGAAGGAAAUAUUUGAUAUGAAGUCUCCACAAGAGCGUCGCAUCGACGAAUUGGAGCAGCAGAUCAAGGGGCUGCGCGAGCGCACGGAGGGCUUGCAGCACGAGUGGCUCAGACUGCAGGGGCACGUCGUCAAGCUCACCGCGCAACACCACAAGGUCGUCGCUGACAUCAACCUCAUCGGAAAACAAAUCCAAAUUUGCGAGCAGAAGUCCAUGCGCAUACAAACAGAGUGCGAAAACGUAUUGAUGGAGAGAAACCGCGUGGAACGAUCACUGCGGUCGUUACGAGGUCGCCUGGAGGUGCUGGAGCGCACUCGCAAAGACGCCGUCGAGAGAAAUCAGACCGCACAGAAAGCCACACAAGCCAUCACCCACGAGUACGUGGCUAACCUUAAGGAAGUGGGACGAGAGGCCACAGAAAGUAACGCCGGCCAUCACCCCCGAGUACGUGGCCAACCUCAAGUGAAGGACGCAGAGACCCAAAUAAUUCAACUGGAAGAGGAAAUAGAAGCGAUGGACAAAGAAAAAGUUAAUUUGACGCAACAGCUUGAUCAAGUACAGAGAGAAGCACUGAUAUGGCAGAGAAAGGGAAUUCUGGCAGUUGAGUUAAAGAAAAAUAUUCACAACGCUAAAUCUGCGGCUGGUGAAAUUGGUCAGAUGAAGAAUGAAAUACACAGGAUGGAACAACUGCGGCGUACCAGCGAGAAACUGGCAGAAGAUCUUGCAUUAUACGUGACUCGACGCGACACCGCCAUGGAGAAGAGCCGUGCCGCCGCAGCCGUAGAGAAAGCGCACGGUGGCAACGGGAACACCUCGCAGUCCACCUACCACCACAAACUGAGGCUGGCUAGGGCUGACGUCGCGAGAGUCACUAAGUCCUCCUACCAACACAAGUUGAGGCUGGCGAGGGCAGACGGCGCAACAGUUCUAACCAUAACUAUACUAUUAGAACAACUGUACGUUUCGUCAGCAUCCAUGUCAGUAGAGAAGGCUCGCGGUGGCAACGGGAACACCUCGCAGUCCACCUACCACUACAAACUAAGGCUGGCUAUGGGCUACAUAGCAGACUCUCGACUAGAGAGUGCCCUAUCAGACACGGCGGCCACCAACGCGCGGCUAGAAGAAGAAAUCGCUACAUUGUUAUCAGAGUGUCGUAGUGCAGAGCGCGAGAAACAAUGGCUCCUAGAACGAGUGGUCCGCAGUCAGCGAUUAGGAAACGAACUAGCCACAGCAGUGAAACGGCAGUCAGUCCGCGUCAGAAAACCAAAGUCUUCAGUCAUCGCCGAGUACAACCAGGCGCGCUCGCUCAACGAUCGCCUUCGCUUCGUGGUAGAAUCCUUGGUCAGAGAGUAUCCUUACUUGAGUGACAAAUUUGAUGUGAUCUUGAACACUCUGAACAUACAUAGUCCGGGAGGAUCGCCCCGGCUUGCUGAUGAGGCUGGUAGCUGUUCUCAAGCCGAUCUAACUGAGAUACGAGAGGAGCCUUUGACGGAAGACGUCGCCGAGAAACCGCUGAGCCCUUAA